AUGUUACAAUUAGAUGAAACAACAGCCGUCUUGGAAAUUAAAAAUGGUCCAUCUUUUGAAGGAGUGUCAUUUGGUGCUGAUAAAAAUGUCUCCGGUGAGGUCGUUUUCACUACGUCGUUAGUGGGCUACACUGAGUCCAUGACAGAUCCAUCGUAUUGUGGUCAGAUUUUAGUGUUUACACAACCAUUAGUGGGUAAUUAUGGUGUGCCAUCAGGUGAUGAACGUGAUGAAUUCAAUUUGUUGAAGUAUUUUGAGUCUCCAAAUGUUAAUGUCUGUGGGAUUAUUGUAUCAAAUUAUUCUUAUAAGUAUUCACAUUGGACUGCAGUUCAAUCGUUAGCAGAUUGGUGUAAGAAAAAUGAUAUCCCUGCAAUUACUGAUGUCGACACAAGAGAAAUCGUACAGUAUUUAAGAGAACAAGGUUCGUCUUUAGGUAGAAUCACAAUCGAUGGUACAGGUAAAGAAUUGGAUUUUACUGAUCCUAUGGAAGAAAAUUUGGUAGAAAAAAUUUCUACAAAAGUUCCAUACUACGUUAAAUGUAACGUCCCAAACUCAAACGUUAAUAUAGCAUUAAUUGAUUGUGGUGUUAAGGAAAAUAUUGUUAGAUGUUUGGUUUCAAGAGGCGCUAACGUUACAGUGUUCCCAUACGAUUAUAAAAUUCAAGACGUCGCAGACCAAUUCGACGGCAUAUUCAUUUCAAAUGGUCCAGGCAAUCCAGAAGUAUGCACAAAAACUAUUGAAAAUUUAAAGAUAUUGCUAAACCAUAAAGAAUUACAGGAUCUUCCAAUCUUUGGCAUAUGUCUGGGACAUCAACUACUGGCAUUAGCAAGUGGAGCAGCCACAACAAAAUUAAAAUAUGGCAAUAGAGCACAUAAUAUCCCAGUGAUGGAUUUGACAUCAGGUAAAUGCUACAUCACAUCACAGAACCAUGGCUAUGCAGUUGAUGCCGACACUUUACCAAAGAAUGAAUGGAAACCUUUCUGUGUAAAUCUAAACGACAACUCAAAUGAAGGUAUGAUACAUUUAUCAAAACCAAUCUUCUCUACACAAUUCCAUCCUGAAUCUAAAGGUGGUCCAUUGGACACAGUCACAUUGUUUGAUAAAUAUUUUGAAAACAUCAAAACAUACAAGCUUUUGAAAGCACAUAACUUAAAACUAGAUAAACCAUUCUUACUCGACGUAUCCGACUUUCCAAACGACAGAGUGUUGAUAGUUUGA